GUCAUAUCCACUCUUGCGUCGGUUUGGUGAUACCACUUCCGUUGAUAGUUGCUGCUCGCCAUAUUGCAGCCGGUCUGUGAAUUUUGUAGUUUGUACAGCCGGCAGGGAUAAACAUCUGAGCAGGCACUGUUCGCUUUCUACCUUUUUAGUUUCCCGUAUCUAUAAUUGUAUUGUUUCACUGGUGCCGGUUUUUUAAUUAAGUGGAUAAAAUGCCGACCCAGCCUUUGAGAGUGGCUGUGGUUUGUUCCAGUAACCAGAACCGGAGUAUGGAGGCACACAAUAUUCUCAGUAAGAGAGGAUUUAUCGUCCGAUCCUUUGGAACAGGAACGCAUGUAAAGCUGCCAGGACCUGCACCAGACAAGCCAAACGUUUAUGAUUUCAAAACCACAUAUGAUCAGAUGUACAGUGAUCUUAUUAAGAAAGACAAAGAACUAUAUACUCAGAAUGGUAUUUUGCAUAUGCUGGAACGAAACAAGAGAAUCAAAGCCAGACCAGAAAGGUUUCAGAAUUGUAAAGAGCAAUUCGAUCUAAUCGUAUCUUGUGAAGAAAGAGUAUACGAUCAGAUAGUAGAAGAUCUGUGUUCCAGAGAGCAAGAGACAUUCCAGCCAGUACAUGUAAUCAAUGUGGAUAUUCAGGAUAACCAUGAAGAAGCUACAUUAGGAGCCUUCCUUAUAUGUGAACUAUGUCAAUGCAUACAGCACACAGAGGAUAUGGAAAAUGAAAUAGAUGAAUUGAUCCAAGAAUUUGAAGAAAAGAGUGGAAGAGCAUUUUUACACACAGUCUGCUUUUAUUGAAGCACAUCCCUUAUCCCAUUUUCCUUAGGUCCUAGGAAAGAAAGCAACUAGAAGAAAAACUAUUUUUAUUUAUCUUUUUUUUCCUAACGGUAUUGAUGUAACUUAACUUCAAAUUUUUGAUUUAUGUACUGGUUACUUCACUAUUUUUCUGCUCAUCACAGAUGAUUCUGAGUACAUCUUUUCAAGACUCUACAUUUUCAAAACCAAAAUAACCAAGAUUCUGUCAUCGGAGAUCCUUGCAUAAUGUAAAGGAUUUUAUACUAAUGGCAGAUAAAUUUGCCUUGAAUUAUUUGGGACAAAUGGCUGCUGUAUUUCAGUAUUCAGUUGUUUGAUUUUAGUGUUUUUAUUUGAAUUUUUGAAAUGCACAGAAAGAUGAUUAUAUCUUUAAGAUUAAUAUGUAUAAGAACAUUGGAAGAGUUUCCAAUAAAAAACUACUUUGAACACAGCAAAA